AUGGACAUAUUCCAGAAGACUGUGUGGGUAGAAAUCCAUGCCGUUACUCCCCCUUGCCGUCUGACAGUUUUGCGGGAGCACAACAACAUACCAGCACCUUGUAAGAGCAAGAAUAGCCUGCCUCAAACACUGUAUGCAACCAAAUGUGCAUCUGGUAUUGGGGUUCUCCCACCUCCAAAUCCAAAUUUAACCCCUGGUUGGAUAUUGCCAUGUGUUACAGGUGGAAUGGGUCUGGGCAUAUUCGACGCAUGCCUCAUCACAGAGGAGCUGGCAUAUGGCUGCACUGGAGUACAGACAGCCAUUGAGGCAAACUCUCUUGGACAAAUGCCAGUCAUUAUUGCUGGUAAUGAUGCUCAGAGGAAAAUGUAUUUGGGGGAACCACUAAUGUGUGCAUACUGUGUGACUGAGCCAGGGGCAGGUUCUGACGUGGAUGGGAUAAAGACCCGGGCUGUUAAGAAAGGAGAUGAGUAUGUGAUCAGUGGUCAGAAAAUGUGGAUCACCAAUGGGGGAAAGGCAAACUGGUACUUCUUGCUGGCCCGUACAGAAUCUGAUCCCAAAUGCCCUACUAGCAAGGCUUUUACAGGCUUUAUUGUUGAAGCUGACACCCCUGGAGUCCAACCAGGUAGAAAAUUAAGAGAAAUGAACAUGGGCCAGAGAUGCUCAGACACCAGGGGCAUCACGUUUGAGGAUGUAAGAGAUCCUAAGGAAAAUGUUUUGAUUGGAGAGGGAGCUGGCUUUAAGAUCGCCAUGGGUGCAUUUGACUAGAGCAGACCACCAGUGGCUGCAAGUGCAGGACUUGCACAGAGAGCACUAGAUGAGGCCACCAAGUAUGCUUUGGAGAGAAAGACAUUUGGCAGACUGAUUGCAGAGCACCAGGCAGUGUCUUUCCUGCUUGCUGAAAUGGCCAUGAAAGUAGAGCUUGCCAGGAUGGUGUAUCAGAGAUCAGCCUGGGAAGUGGAUGAGGGCUGCAGAAACGCCUACUACGCUUCAAUCGCCAAGGCCUUUGCUGGAGACAUUGCAAAUCAGUGUGCCACUGAUGCCGUUCAAAUCUUUGGUGGAAACGGUUUCAACAGUGAAUAUCCUGUGGAGAAGUUGAUGAGAGAUGCCAAGAUUUACCAGAUCAAGAUUGUACUUUCAACCUUUUCUCAUUUUAAAUGUAAAGAUCUUGAAAUUUGACUAAUGUCCUACUUUCUGUUUUCCACAGAUUUAUGAAGGAACUGAACAAAUCCAAAGGCUCAUCAUCUCAAGAGAGCACUUUGGAAGAUUCAGUCAGUGAACAAUUAAACCCAAAACAUUCGUGCCAGGAACUCAUUUUGUUUAGAGACUUUUGUACUUUAUAAUGUAUUUCAUUAAUGGAUCUCAGGAUUAUUACUCAGAUUGUAAAUUGACUACACAGAGCUCCAGUUGCCUUGUCAUAUCAGCAUGUCUUACC